UCAUGCAUAUGUGAACUCUGAAAUGUCUAAGAUUGAAGUCACGUCAACCGAGAACAAAAUUAUUUUUUGUUUACAAACACUUUCUGUUCUGAACGAAAAUGGAUGCAAAACCAUCGCAAAUUUGUCGAUUAUGUUUACAAAAUAGCGUCGAUUCGGUGAAUAUUUGGCAGACAUUUCAAGAUUCUACAAUUGCAUCGAUUUUGUCGAAACAUUUUUGGUUCCAGCCCCAUAAAGAUGAUGACAUGCCCGAGUGGCUAUGCCAAUCAUGCUGGAUCCAUACCGAAACAUUUCAUCAAUUCUAUGAGCGGGUAUUGCUUGUUAAUGAGCAAAAACACUACCGACGAUCGAAUGACGGGUUUCCUGUAGUUGCUGGUGAUGAUGAUGUAAUAAAAACAGAACUGGAAGACACCACCAGUACAGUUCUAGUUUUGGAUUUGAAUUCAGUCAAAUUUGAAGAAACAUCCUCCGAACCACCACCGCCAACGAUCGAGAGCAAACAUGAGAGUAGUUGUUCGGACGACAACGAUGACAAUAUCGCAGAUUCGCGACUUUCAACCGAUGAUGAGGACAACGACGAUGACGACGACUACGAACUUUCAGGUGCCAAUGACGCUGAAGAAGUCACCAAGUCAAAAACAAAACUACGGUCAACAUCAUCCCGCAGAAAGCGUACGGCGAAAAUAGAAAAACAGGACGCUCAGAUCCGUGAAAUUUUUUCCAUGACCUGCAACAUCUGCGAAGAUGUAACCCCAUUCAAUACUUGGAUGGAAGUCAGAAGCCACUAUCGUGAAGAACACAACACAAGUGGUUAUCUGGUGUGCUGCGGCAAUAAGUUCCCGACGCGUUAUCUGAUUAUGGAACACGUCCUUCGUCACAUCAAUCCGAAGGCACACCAGUGCGAUCAGUGCGAUAGAGUUUGUUCGAAUAAAUUUGCCCUCAAAUCACAUAUGGAUAAUGCUCAUGCUCCAAAAGAUGCACGCAUCAACAAAUGUAGUUCGUGUCCCAGCAGCUUUGUGACAGCAGGAGCGUUGAAGAAACAUGUCCUCAACCAACAUUCAGAAACUGGCGAACCGUUUCCUUGUGAUGUAUGCGGCAAGAGUUAUCGGUCGGAGAUAAAGCUAAAGUCGCAUCACCGCCUCAUGCAUAGCACAAAGCCUGAUCACGUGUGCGAAAUAUGUGCUCGACGAUGCAGAACUAAAGGUGCUCUUAAACGGCAUAUCUUGAAUCAACAUUCGACAACACCACAUGCGAAACUACAAUGCAACAUUUGUGGUGCUUGGUUGACGCAGCCCUGCCUCAAGCGACAUAUGCAAUCGAUGCAUGAUGAAGCCUAUCAACCUGUCAAAUGUACCAUUUGUGAUAAAUUGGUGAAAAAUAAAUUUGCAUUGCCCAAACAUAUGCGAGGUGUUCAUGGUGGCAGACGUCAUCAGUGCGUACAGUGCGAUAAGGCAUUUAAGAAUUCGACGCAGUUGAAGGAACAUGUUGCCUGCCACACCGGUGAGAGCUUGUAUAAUUGUCCAUAUUGUGACCAGAAAUUCAAAGCGAAUGCAAACUAUUUUGCACAUCGCCGACGGAAACAUUACGCUGAGUAUAUGCGGGAUCGGGACGCAGCGACAAAACGGAACUUCCACAAGACUGCAUCGAAUGAAAACGACGAUAAAACGGAAAAUGCUUAAGAAGUACUGCUGUCGAUUGGUAGUUCGUCUCGGUCACUAACGUGUGCAUGCUCGAAAAUGUUACUAAUAGAAUAUUCUGCACCUUCACUAAUCCUUCGAUCGAUGGUGUUAUUACGCUAUUAAGGUAGGGGAAAGUAGAAAAUUUAUUCUUUUUUGUAUCCAUCGCAAAAACAUUGUACCUAUUCCAAUUGCUAAAAGUCAAUAGAGUUGGGGCAAUUGGACCUUUUCGACGCAGAACGAUAUUCUUAUCUGAAAUUUGUUCUACAGUAUGUCUGUAAAAUGUGUAGACUAUUUUAU